GGUCAGCCCCCGGUGAUGGCGGAAGCGGAGGCGAAGAUGAAGCAGUUCAAUGGCGGCGGCGGCGGGUCCGGGCUGGACACCGAGCGGGGCCGCUUCCCGUACUGCGUGGUCUGGACCCCGAUCCCCGUCCUGACAUGGCUUUUCCCCAUCAUUGGCCACAUGGGCAUCUGCACCUCCACUGGAGUCAUCAGGGACUUUGCAGGGCCCUAUUUUGUCUCAGAAGACAACAUGGCAUUUGGGAAGCCAGUGAAGUACUGGAAGCUGGAUCCCAACAAAGUUUACUCCACAGGUCCCAAUGCUUGGGACACAGCUGUGCACGAUGCCUCAGAGGAGUACAAGCACCGCAUGCACAACCUUUGCUGUGAUAACUGCCACUCCCACGUGGCCCUGGCCUUAAAUCUGAUGAGAUAUGACAACAGCACCUCCUGGAACAUGGUGAAGCUCUGCUUCUUCUCACUCCUGUAUGGGAAGUAUGUCAGUGUAGGGGGGUUUGUGAAGACCUGGCUUCCCUUUGUCCUCUUCUUGGGGGUGAUCGUGACCGUCGUGCUGACGCUGCACCUGCGGUGAUGGCAGCUCUGAGCUCCCCAUGAAGGAUGAAACUGUGGCUGAUCCAGCAAGGUGGAGGCAUGGAACUCUGGGAGGCGUUUUCAGGGGAAGGUGGCAACUCCACUGCAUUGUAACAGCUCAUCUUUAUUUCCUGGAACUGGCUUUUUCUCCUCCUGUUUGUGUUCUGUCGGUGGUGUCUCCCCCUGGCAGGGCUCCCCAAAGCCUCUUGCUCUCUCCCUUUCUGCAAUUCAGUAGGUAGAAAAACACAGUCAGGAAAGGAGAGGGGUGGGCACCUUUCCUUUCAGUGCCAAGGAAACCCUGGGCUCAGGACCAGGAGCAGAUCCACCUGGGAAGGUUCUCUCUGAUCCACCUGGUUUCUUCUGCAGGCUUCAUCAGAGGCUUCUUCUGCUUUCCUGAGUCUCCAAGGAGGAGCUGCUGUCCCCUUGCUGCACGACUCUCCCAUUGCACACGUUUUGAAGUGGAGGCGUGGGGUUCCUCCAGGGGAUGGAGGGUGCCACAGCACUCCCUGAUGAUGUCCCCAGCAGUGCCAGGGAGGUGUUGGUGACAGGACACUCCUCUGAGGAACGCUCUGCAGCAGGGCAAAGUCAUCUGGUCCUGCUGGUGAGCCCAGAAAGGCAGGAAAGUCAAUCAGCUGGCUUGGGUACAGCUUUCAAUCUCCUGUUGUAGAGUUGGGAGUCUACUGCUGAGUCUCUUUUAGCUCGUGCCAGAUAAAAUGCAGCUUUCCCUGCUUCUCCUCCUGCUCUGAAUAUCUGAAAUUGUCGUUACGCUUCUCAAGAGCCACUUAAACUUCCCUUUGAUCCCUCCUUCUUUGUGUGUUGCAGCAGACCUGAGCCUGCAGAGGUGGCAGGUCUGUGUUUCUGGGGCAGAAAGCUGAGUGUUGGGUUUGAAAGCAUCUGUGAGAGCAGCCCCUGAGACCUGAGCUUGGUAAGGACCAUCAGAGAUGAAAAGAAAAGGUGAAGGGACUGGAAAGCAUCCCUGAUCUGGCUGGGCUUUGCAGCAGCACACUGAGGCUCUGGCUUUCUUGUGGCUGGUUCCAGGAUGGUGAACAAGAAGGUCUGUUUCUUUCCUCAGCUUGCUUUGAAGAGCACACCUGGGGUAAAAGUGCUUUGCAGGAGUGGCUUUGAUGUGAGAAAUGCUGGUCUGGCAGCACUGGGAGGCUGGGAGCCCUUUCUGAGCCCUGGGUUGGGUAGCAGGGGGGAGGCUGUUGGUGAGCAGUGAAUUUGGAUGGAACCCAGAGCCUCCUCCAAGGUGAGAGGUCCAGGGUGGAGGCUCUGGCCUGCAGAUGCUGCUUUUACACAGAAGUGUGGUUGAAGGGUUGUGUGCUGUUAAGCAGAUCCCCUCUGACUGCAGAGGCAGGAGAAACAGCUUUUCCAUCUGUGCCUGGGAAGUUCAGCUCUUUGCUCCACGACCUGAUGGAUUCCAACCUCCAAGAGUGCCCCUGGCCAGCAGGAAAGCUUCUCCACUGCCUGCCAGCCCUGGGGCUUCCUCUGACAGUGGAGGCCACUGACCCUCUUGGCCCUCAAAUCCCUCCCCAUGUGCCUCAGCUGCUUCCACCCCUUGGGUUGAGGACUUCUCUUGGACAUCUCAAUUUCUGCCUUUUCCUCCUUUUUCCUCAGUGGCUUUUAAAGAACCCCUGAAACCUUCUCCCUUCUCCCUGGGCAUGCAGUUGUCUCUCUGGUGCUGGUUUCUGGGGGUAGCUGGAGGUGUGCAGAGCCCUUCCCCAUCUGCUUGGAACUGAAAUAUUUGUUGGUGUCUGCUGGGUGCAGACAUUUCCAGGCUGGUGGAGGGUGCUGGGCCUGGGGGCUGCUCAGAAAGCCAAGAUCUUGAUCAAAGAGAACCUUAGGAUGAAAGGAUGGUGUCUGCUCACUGCCUGCCCUGCCCUGGGAUGAGCCAGAGGAGCAGGAGAGAUGAGUCCUUUGCCUGGUUUUGAUUGCAGGGAGGAUUUCUCAGUGUUGCCAAAGAUGCACUCGGAGUCGUUGGCCCUGGGGCUUCAGCCAAACCCUUCUUCUGCAGUAGCAAUAACUUUGAGACUUCUUGGGGCUGUCUCACACCUCGGGUCAGUGUUUUAUGGAUUUAUCUGUACACGUGUUGCCAAAGCUCAGGCUUGGAGUUGGUGGGGGAAGCCAGGAGCAGGGCUGCUGGUCACACUGCCUGCUCCUGGGACUUGUAAAAACCCUGUUGAGUGCCAUUUCCCCCCCCCCCGGGGAAAUCCUCCUCCUGCUCCUAAAGCUUUGGUUGUUUGUUUUUUCACCAGAUCUGGGGUUCAAAUGGAGACUUCUGGAGCAGUGAAUGUGCCCUGCAGGUGGUGGGGGUGCUGGCUGGGGAGGGAGGGCAGAGUUUCACCCCAAUCCCAGCUGAACACCCCCUUCCAGCCACGGACCCCUGGCUUUGGGAGGUGGGGGAAGGGGUGAAUGGGAGGAAUUUCCUCUCCUUGCAGCUUCCUUCAUCUCUCUGCUGGCUUUUUCCCAGUGCCCCCAUCCAUGUUAAAGCUUCCCUGUGUCCUUCACCUCCCAGGUGCUGGUUUUACCCCCCCCUCCCUCCUUUCCCCUUUGCUGCAGGGCUCUGUGGUUGUUGCUCUCUGAGCCCUCCAUCCCCUCUUCCUUUCCUCCUUUGUUCUCCUGAGCUCUGUGGGGCGCCGAAUUACUUUGUAAAUACUUCAACUCUGCUUCUGUGGUUUCAUAAUCCUGAUGGUAGGGGAAAUAAACUUAUUUCUGUGGAUGUCACCAAGU